GUCUCUGCGCAGCCGGCGCUGGGUCCAGCCUCCACGCGGUCUUGGCGAUGCAGGGUCCCCCUGCGCCCUCCCCGGCCCCAGGGCCCAGCUCCCCCCGGGGCUCCCCGCGCGGCUCCCCGGGGCUCUUCAGGAAGCUCCUGGUGAACCAGAGCAUCCGCCUGCAGCGACGCUUCACCGUGGCCCAUCCGCUGUGCUUUGACCUGGAAAAUGGGCUCCCUUGUGGGAGAAGCACCCUGGAUCCUCAGGCCGGGUCUGGCCUUGGCAGAAUCGUCCACUCUGCCCAGCACAGCCAGAGGCGGGAGUCCUUCCUGUACCGCUCAGACAGUGACUACGACCUGUCUUCCAAGACCCUGUCCCGGAACUCUUCCGCGGCUAGUGACCUACACGGAGAAGACCUGAUUGUGACGCCCUUUGCCCAAGUCCUGGCCAGUCUGCGGACGGUUCGGAGCAAUGUUGCGGCCCUUGCCCACCUGCAAGGUGGUGGGACAGCCAAGCAGGCAUGCGUCGGGAACACCCCGUCUGGCAGUCAGCCCCCUCCACCAACAGAGGACACUGGGCAGAAGCUGGCUUUGGAGACACUGGAUGAGCUGGACUGGUGUCUGGAUCAGCUGGAGACACUGCAGACGCGGCACUCGGUGGGGGAGAUGGCCUCCAACAAGUUCAAGCGGAUGCUGAACCGGGAGUUGACUCACCUGUCUGAAACCAGCCGCUCUGGGAACCAGGUGUCCGAGUACAUAUCCCAGACCUUCCUGGACCAGCAGACUGAGGUGGAGUUGCCCAGGGUGACCUUCACAGAGCCCCCAAGGCCCAUGUCUCAGAUCAGCGGUCUGCAUGGUGUCCCCCACAGUCCCAGCAUUUCUGCAGCCACCGUCCCAAGCUUUGGGGUCCAGACGGACCAGGAAGGGCAACUGGCCAAGGAGCUGGAAGACACCAACAAAUGGGGGCUUGAUGUGUUCAAGGUGGCGGAACUAAGUGGUAACCGGCCCCUCACAGCCAUCACAUUCAACAUCUUUCAGGAGCGGGACCUGCUCAAGAAAUUUCAGAUCCCAGCAGAAACGCUUGUCACCUACCUACUGACACUGGAGGGUCACUACCACAAUGACGUGGCCUACCACAACAGCCUACAUGCCGCCGACGUGGCCCAGUCCACACAUGUGCUGCUGGGCACACCUGCACUUGAGGCCGUGUUCACAGACCUGGAAGUCCUGGCUGCCAUCUUUGCAAGCGCCAUCCAUGAUGUGGACCAUCCUGGGGUCUCCAAUCAGUUUCUCAUUAACACCAACUCAGAACUUGCUCUUAUGUACAAUGAUGCCUCCGUGUUGGAGAACCACCACCUGGCUGUGGGCUUUAAGUUGCUGCAGGUAGAGAACUGUGACAUCUUCCAGAACCUCAGUACCAAGCAGCGGCUAAGUCUGCGCAGGAUGGUCAUCGACAUGGUGCUGGCCACGGACAUGUCCAAACACAUGAAUCUCCUGGCUGACCUCAAGACUAUGGUGGAGACCAAGAAGGUGACGAGCCUUGGUGUCCUGCUGCUAGACAACUACUCUGACCGCAUCCAGGUCUUGCAGAGCCUGGUGCACUGUGCCGACCUCAGCAACCCCACCAAGCCGCUGCCGCUGUACCGCCAGUGGACAGACCGUAUCAUGGCCGAGUUCUUCCAGCAGGGUGACCGUGAGCGCGAUUCAGGCCUGGAUAUCAGCCCCAUGUGUGAUAAGCAUACAGCCUCCGUGGAGAAGUCCCAGGUGGGUUUCAUUGACUACAUCGCCCACCCACUGUGGGAGACAUGGGCUGACCUGGUACACCCAGAUGCACAGGACCUGCUGGACACUCUGGAGGACAACCGCGAGUGGUACCAGAGCAAGAUCCCCCACAGCCCCCCUGUGGACCCUACCAGCCCCAAGCAAGGUGGCCCUGACAGAUUCCAGUUUCACCUGACUCUGGAGGAGGCAGAAGAAGAGGAGGAAGAGGAGGCGGGGGCAUUGGAUGGGGAGGUCUCGCAGUCAACUGACACUGAGCUCUUGUCCCCCGAAGCCAGUCCAGACCCUGGGGCCCUACACUUGGACGAUCAGAGGACCGAGGGCAAGCCGUGCGUGGACCAUAAGGGCAAUGUGAUAGCUGAGACUUUGGGCACCUAGCGGCCCCUAGUGGAUGGGCAGACUUUCCAAGAAGAGGUCCCAGGUGGCCCUUGCUUUGCCUUCCCCAUUCACUGAGGGAGAAAACUUUUAGUUACAGGCAGGUCUCAGGGUUGAAUUAGAGGCACCUGGCUGUGGUCCACUCUGACCCUGGGCUUGGCUGAGAGAGCUCUCCAAGGAGCUGGGCCGGGGGCAGCCUCUUCCAGGGCCCUUGAGUGCUCGCUCCUGGACGUUCAGCCCUGGUGUAGAAAGGGGGUGUUUGCCAGGCCCCUUGUUCUUCUCCAGUGAUCACUCUUGAGCCAUGUCCAUCACUUAAUUCUUUCAUUCUUUAGUAGAUAUUUGCUGUGCACCUACUAUGUGCCAGGCCUGUGCCUGUUAUGUGCCUCUUGGGUAGCCCGACACAAGGAGGGGGAGUCACCUCAAGGAGAUGCCCCCCUUCCCCAGACACCUUCAUCUUCCAGGCAGCUCAUUGUAAGAGAACAGGAAUUUGAAUGGAGGAAUUUGCAGCACCAAAGCUUCAUCCAGACCCAAUUCUGGCUCUGGAGCUCGGGGGAUUGGGGAGGCAGGGCCAAGAAAGACAGGGUUCUGUGUCAGGGACUGCCUCUGAAAACUGAUUUAGCCUGUCACCGCUUGUGCUUUGGUUGUUGCUUUGAAUCACUGUAGCAUUUGUCUUUAGGCCUAAGGAUCCUUGUUCUCCCUGGUCCCAGGACCCCCUGCAGUCCCCCUCUUCCCUCUUCUAGAAUAGCAACAAAAUUACAGAAUUCUCCCCCAUGGAAGGUCACUCCAUCUCCUGAUUCUGAGGCUACCACAGGCUCUCCAUAGGGAAAAGGAGGCCUCUGACACUUUCUUGCAAGUCACAGCCCCUUCUGGGCCUCAGUUUCUCCUUUAUGGCCCCCUCCUGGUACCUGGGUAAACUUGGCUUGGAGGGUGGUGUCUGUGACCUCCGCGAAAUAUCUUAGCAAUUUGGGGCAUUCUCUGGGGUUAAAUAAACUUUAUUACCAAAAAUUA